AUGAGACAGAGUACUCUAGUGAUUGGGAUUCCAGUUCUCGUCGCCGCUUCAGCAAUUCUCGUUUCAGCUGCCAUGGCAUCCAAUACUUGCGAUUCCACCGAUGAAACCAUGACGGCAAUAUCCUAUUCCGAGCAUGGACCAGCCGACGAAGUUUUGACUUUGAAGAGUGAUUACCCAAAGCCAGUUCCUGGAAAGAAUCAAGUACUGAUUCAAGUCAAGGCUUCUUCUGUCAAUCCAGUGGACUUCAAACUUCGACGCAAUUCCGUUCCCGACUUCUUGAUUCCCAAACCAAAGAUUCCGGGAGCUGAUGUUGCCGGAGUGAUUGUCCAAUUGGGCGCCAAUCUCGAAAAGGCAGCAAACUUUCAAAUUGGCGAUCGCAUACCCAACGAGGUCGAUUUCGAAUCAGCGGCAGCCCUUCCCUUGGUAUCCUUGACGGUCCUUCAAAGUUUGAAAAAACUCAAAAAUCCGAAGGACAAGAAGAUUUUGAUUCACGCUGGUGCCGGAGGAGUGGGAUCCUUUGCGAUUCAAUAUGCCAAAAAGGUGUUGGGCAUGCAUGUGGCAACAACUGCCUCCAAGGAGAAGAAGGAAAUCGUAAAGGACUUGGGAGCCGACGUGGUGAUUGAUUAG